AUGAAGCUUUUAUUGCUGGGCUCUCAAACUGCACGAGAGUUAAAUGUGAAGAAAAUUAGAGCAAUCGGAGAUUCAAACUUGGUCAUUAGUCAAUUGAAAGGAGAUUUUGCAGUGAAAGAACCAGCUUUGGCGCCUUAUAAAACUUUGGCAGAGAAGCUAGUCACAAGCUUUGAGCAAAUAAGUCUAGAGCACAUUCCCCGGAAGCACCAGCAAAUAUGCAGAUGCUCUAGCUACCCUCGGCUCAAGACUUUCAUUCACAAAGGAGCAACCAACAUCACUGUUAUGCAAAGAAAUAAGCCUUGUGUGGAGAACAUGCAAUUUCCGAGCUCGCCAACACCAGGCAAGAAUGAUUGGAGAGAAUCUAUCAAAAAUGAGAUGUCUCAGUUACACAAAGGAGGGCGGCUCAAAAUGUUAAAAGAUUACAGUAUGAUGUUUGGAGAAUUAUACAGGUGCCUACCGGGAGGAAUCUUAGCUCGCUACAUAGAUGAAGGAGAGGCUCAAAGAAGGCUGAAAGAGAUACAUGAGGCCAUUUGUGGAGUUAAGCAAGUUGUCAGUUUGUACAGAAGAUUGGAAUGCAAAGGUUACUAUUGGCCAAGGAUUAUUCAUCCAUCUUCUAGAGGCUCUAUAUGGAUUCUUACAACAACAGAAUCUUUCACUAAAUGGGUUGAGGCAAUUCCGCUUCGCAAGGCAACAGGAGCAGCAAUUUCAAACUUCAUCAGGGAGUAUAUCGUUUGCAGAUUCCGGAUCCCUUACAAGAUUGUUACCGACAAUGGAACUCCUUUUGUCAACCAAGAAGUGAGCGCAACACUCAAAGGGUAUGAAAUCAAGUACAAGAGAUCAACGCCAUAUUACCCCCAGGGGAAUGGCCAAGCUGAAGCUACAAAUAAAACUCUCGUCAGAAUUUUGAGCAAAAUGAUUCUCUCUAUGUUCCUUGGUUAUGGAUCCGAAGCAGUUCUACCUAUGGAGCUCAUGAUCCCAUCAGCAAGAGAGCUAGCUAUUAAUGAUCUAGAAUGGGAUGCCGAAUCUUGUGCUAAAUGGAGGAUGAUGGAUCUUGAAGCAGCAGAUGAGAGAAGGAGACAAGCAGAAGCGUACCGGCAAAUAGUGACCAAGGCUUACAACAGAACAAUCAAGGAAAGAAGAUUCAAGGAAUGA